GGACUUUUUUUCAUACCUCCAUGACAUACCAACCCGAAGCUGGUCCUUCCCGACCUUCCAAGGCCUCCAAGGCAAAGAAGGGCGCAAAAAAUGCGGUUCGGUCUGCAAAAAUCAGGCAGAUGUCCGAAAACCAGAAGAUAGACGCGUUAGAUCAAGACGCUCUGAAUUUUGUUUCUCCGGAGAACUUGAAGGCAUUCACUGAUUUGCCAAUAUCUGACUACACUAAGCGAGGAUUAAAAAAGGCCUUCUUCGUAAACAUGACAGAUAUUCAGGCGAAGAGUAUACCUGUAUCACUCAAAGGCAAGGAUGUCCUGGGAGCUGCUCGUACUGGAAGUGGAAAGACGCUUGCGUUUCUUAUCCCUGUGCUGGAAAUCCUUUACCGUCGCAAGUGGGGUCCUUCGGAUGGAUUGGGUGCACUAAUAAUAUCACCAACGCGGGAGCUGGCUGUUCAAAUCUUCGAUGUUCUACGGUCUAUCGGUGGCUACCAUUCAUUUUCUGCCGGCCUCGUAAUUGGAGGAAAGAAUCUGAAAGAUGAACGAGAUCGCUUGUCUCGAAUGAACAUACUUGUUGCCACUCCAGGGCGGCUGCUUCAGCACAUGGACCAAACGUUUGGAUUUGAAUCAGACAACUUGCAAGUCCUUGUAUUGGAUGAAGCCGACAGAAUAUUAGACAUGGGAUUCUCCCGUACCUUGUCUGCGCUCCUCGCCCAUCUUCCCAAGUCCAGGCAGACAUUGCUCUUCUCCGCCACGCAGACCCAGUCAGUAAGUGACCUGGCGCGACUAAGUUUGAAGGAUCCUGUCCAUAUCGGUAUACAUAAUGAUGAAGAAGUCUCUGGUACGAUGGCGACACCCGAAAAUCUAUCGCAGCACUAUCUUGUCUGCACGCUGGACCAAAAGCUCUCGCUACUUUGGAGUUUCAUCAAGUCGCAUCUGCAAUCUAAAGUCCUCGUCUUCCUAUCUAGCUGCAAGCAGGUCCGCUUCGUUUACGAAACCUUUUGCAAAAUGCAUCCCGGCAUUUCCCUCCUUCACUUGCACGGCAAGCAAAAACAGACUGCACGUCUUAACAUGUAUAACAAAUUUACAACAUCCAAGCAUUCAGUAUUGUUUGCGACAGAUAUUGCUGCGCGCGGUUUGGAUUUUCCGUCGGUAGAUUGGGUUUUGCAGGUCGAUGCUCCAGAAGACGCGGAAACGUAUAUUCACCGGGUCGGCAGAACCGCACGAUAUGAGAGCAAGGGUAAAGGCCUCAUCUUCUUGAUGCCCAGUGAAGAGGAAGGCAUGCUGGCGGCUCUGAAAACCAAGUCGAUCACCGCCGACAAGCUCAAGGUCCGAGGGAGCAAAACACAGAACGUUGACAAUCAACUCCAAAACCUCGCAUUCCAAGAUCCAGAGAUCAAGUACCUUGGUCAAAGGGCUUUCGUAUCCUAUCUGCGAUCUGUCUACCUCCACAAAGACAAAUCUAUAUUCAAAGUGUCGGAACUGCCUGUCGAUCAGUUCGCGGAAUCUUUAGGUCUUCCAGGCACGCCGAAGAUCAAGUUCCUCAGCAAGGAGAUGGCGAAAAAGAAGAAGAACGCUGAUCGCACGGCUGCUAAAGCAACGGCCGAGGCCUUGAAGGACAAUAGCGGGUCCGAGGUGGAAGAGGAUUCAUCGAGCGAGGAAGAAGACAAUGCUUUGGAACAGACAACGACUAAGGCCGAUACCGUACGAACGAAAUACGACCGGAUGUUCGAACGGAAAAACCAAGGCGUCCUAUCAGAGCACUACAACAAGCUCGUCGAUCGCGAACCAGGGGACGAUGACGACGACUUCAUGACCCUCAAACGAGCCGACCACGAACUCGAAGAGGACCCAUCCGCCGAGCCUCUCAACCUCGUCAAGAUAGACAACCUGUCCAACCGAAAGCUAAAGCUUGGCCGGGCGAAGCGGACGUUGAUCUUGAACGCACCUUCGUCGAAGAAAAUAGUGUUUAACGAUGCGGGAGAAGCGAAGGAAGUGUAUGGUGUGGCUGAUGCGGAGGAGUGGGUCAAGGAGAGGGGAGGGAUGGAGGGUGUGAUGAAGGAAGGUGCAAAGUACGCUGAGGGUGAGCGGGGUAAGAUGAAGGUUGCGGAUGUUGUGGAUAAAGAAGAAGCGAGGGAGAAGAAACGCGAGAAAAAGAGGAAGAGGAAGGAGAGGGAGAAGGAGGUAAUGAUGGACGAUGGACCUAUCGUGGAGCCGUUACCCGAGGAUGACGGUUAUGUCUCUCCAACGUUCGAUCUGAGUUCCGACGAUGAAGACGAUGCAAUAGCCCCUCCUCCGAAACGCCAGAAGAGCGCUAGUAACCAAAAAUCUGGAGGUCAGAAUUUUAUUGAGGACGAUGAAGAGCUUGCGCUGCAGCUGCUUGGGAGUCGCCGGUAACUACGUGUUUUUCUGUUUACUAUUCUAUGUGAAAUCACCCAAAGAUCUGCACGCUCCAUUGAGAUAUUGAAUUCAGGGCCGUGUUUGAUUUUACAAUACUGUAUAUCUCAACGUUAGCGUCUUAUCCUAACCCUCUUACCAACCUUCGAUCCUACCUGCCCUUCAGUUGACGGCACGCAUACGGCGAAACUACACGCUGGGAAGAACACAUGGGUUAUAGAUAUUCACUCUUGUUAAAUUUUGACAGUGUAGCAGUUAUUUUGUCCAGAUCGCCCGAU